GACAAAAAAUGGAAUACACCAGCAGUGUGAGGAGACCUGAAAGUGGCACAUGCAGAGUGUGGCGAUGGAGACAGCAGCAAUGGGAGGCCGUACAGGGACCCAUGAGAGACUCUGGACUUGGCAGCAGCAUGAGGAGGCGGUAUAGGGCCCAUGGCAGAUUAGGGCCUGGCAGCAGCUAUGGGAGGCCCGUAAUCUGCCAGCACCCUAUGACAAAAAAUGGAACACACCAGCAGUGUGAGGAGACCUGAAAGUGGCACAUGGGAGAGUGUGGCGAGGGGACAGCAGCAAUGGGGGGGCCUUUAAGGGACCCAUAAAGGGACUCUGGCCCCGGGGCAGCAGCAUGA